AUGGUCGAAAAAUACUACUAUGACAUUAAUGGCUAUAGAGUUAAGAGAAAUUGUGCAUCAGCAAAUGAUAGAAUUUAUUUAAAUAGUGGACUUUACGUUGGAAGAAAACGUGAUAUUAGAAAGGCACUUUCCAUUGGAUUGAAUGUGAAAAGAGGUGAACCAAAGGAAAGAAUUGAAGAUCAAGCGCUAUUCCAAUACAUUUAUGCCACCAAUAAGUAUCCAAUUCUUAUGGAUUGUGAAAAGAAAAUGUUUUACAGUCCAUUCUCAGCUUGUGAUACAAUUGUUAGUGAGGAAGAGAAGAAGUGGUCGUGUUCUAUUCGUGAUGGUCAGGAGGAGACACCAGAUAGUGUUGUCUACGUUCAUUCAAAUGGUGGAUUUUGUUAUUCACUUUGUAAUUGUUUCACUUCAAUGAAACAAAAAGGAAUGUUCAAGAAUUUAAUGGAACAGUAUCAGGACAAGUUGAGUUUCAAGUCGUAUGAUAUUAAUUCUAGAAAAGUGAGAAGUGUUUUGAUGAAAUAUGCUUGUGGACACUUUGUUGAUGAAGAUUUCGCUUUGGAUUCAUGUAAUACUCAACCUCCUCCUGCUUAG